GGUGCGUGUGUGUCUCUCUCUCCCUCGGCGUUUACAAGAGAGGAGUCAGAUGUAGCUUCUCUCGGUUUUGGGGAGCUCCAGAGAGAGGUGGGCAGGGAGCGAGCUGUGCAGAUUGGGGCUGUCGUCUUUGGAGCGAGCAGCCCUCGCUCUCGCACAGAAGGGGGGGAGGAAGACUGUUUGUCUUGCCGGAUGAAAAUGUUGAGUCCUGCAAACGGAGAGCAGCUUCACCUCGUGAACUAUGUGGAGGAUUAUCUGGACUCCAUCGAGUCUCUGCCCUUCGAUUUGCAGAGAAAUGUCUCCCUGAUGAGAGAAAUUGACGCCAAAUAUCAAGAGAUCUUAAAGGAGCUGGAUGAUUAUUAUGAAAAGUUCAAACGAGAGACCGAUGCCGUGCAGAAGAGAAGACUGUUGCAUUGCAUACAGAGAGCACUGAUCCGGAGUCAGGAACUGGGAGAUGAAAAGAUCCAAAUUGUCAGUCAGAUGGUGGAGCUUGUUGAGAAUAGAACCAGGCAAGUGGACAGUCAUGUGGAACUAUUUGAGACCUGUCAAGAGACUAAUGAGACCACCGGAAACAGUGGCAAAGCCAGCCAAGAUAAGUCAAAGAAUGAGACAAUCACUCAGGCUGAAAAGCCCAACAAUAAGAGGUCUAGGAGGCAAAGAAAUAAUGAAAAUCGAGAAAACGCUUCUAAUAAUCAUGAUCAUGAUGACAUCACCUCAGGAACACCAAAGGAGAAGAAAGCAAAAACAUCCAAGAAAAAGAAGAGGUCUAAGGCUAAAGCAGAGAGGGAGGCUUCCCCUGCGGAUCUUCCUAUUGAUCCCAAUGAACCAACAUACUGUUUGUGUAAUCAAGUCUCCUAUGGAGAAAUGAUAGGAUGUGAUAAUGAUGAGUGCCCAAUUGAGUGGUUUCAUUUUUCAUGUGUGGGACUCAAUCAUAAACCAAAGGGCAAAUGGUACUGCCCUAAAUGUAGAGGAGAAAAUGAGAAAACGAUGGACAAGGCACUGGAGAAAUCUAAAAAAGAAAGGGCCUACAACAGGUAGUUUGUAGACUCUUGAUUGUGAAGAAAAAUAAAAAACCAACCAACCAACCAGUGUAUUUAUUGUCAGUGUCACCUUUGUUGAGGUGCAAGGAUUGUAAAAUGUAUAUUUUUAAAGGAGGUUAGAAACUAAACCAUUCCUGUUAUAGGGACGGCAAUAAGAGCAAUUUUGUUUUUUCCAUUUGAUACAGCUGUAAAAAGAAAGUGGUCUGGCGACCAACAUUAAUAAACAUGUAAUAAGAGUUUAAAUUUAGUGUUCAGAUGAAGCUAAAGACAAUAUAAUACUUCUUUUUUGUGCUGGUAGCACUAUACCCAUUAACAUUUAGAUAACAUUAUUUCUUAAAUGUAAUUUCAUUUUCCUUUAUAGAGGAAUGUUAUUUACCUUUCCAGCAAACUGUCAAAUAUUUAGCCAUCCGGUUGUAUUUGAAUAAAACAACAGUACAUUAUAAAUUUAAUUUCUUUCACUGAUGACCAAUGCAAGAUCAAACAAGAAGGUAAAAUAUAACUUCUGCUACAGAGUGUGUCAGUAUAACAGUUCAAUAACAAAUGUUUAAAUAGCGUUAGAAGAUUAUUUUUUAAAAAAGUAAAUGGUUAAAUUUUACAUGACAAAUAUUUUAUAUACUGGCCGAGUACCACAAGGGCCAUUUUAAAAUGAUUGAGUACAUUUUAUAUUUAACCAGGAAGUGGUUUAGUAAUGAAACUUAACAUAAAUCAAGCUUUAUACUGUCACAGAUAAUAGUGUAGCAAUCUUUAAUUUGUAUAAGGUGUAUAAAUGUAAAUUUUUAAGUGGAGUUGCACUUACUGUAUUAUAAUCGGAAAUGCAGCCAAAUGCCAUUGUGUAUCCAAUGUGCAUUUCCUUCUGUAUGUAUGAAAAUUGUACAG